UUUGUUAGCAGAAGCUGGUGGAGAGCAGGACCCCCAGAAGAAGUUAUUUACCCACAGUCUACCGUAGUGUGCUGAGGUGUGGAUUCAGAUAAACCAAGAAUAUUUUUAAAGGUGUCGGCAUGGAAGCAGACAAGAAUACAAUUCGGAAACAAAGGCAAGUUCUGCUUUUCUUUGUUUUGCUGUGCAUGUCUAAGGCGGGUUCAGAACCCAGGAGAUUUUCUGUGGCAGAGGAAAUGGAAAGGGGCUCUUUUGUAGGCAAUGUGGUUAAGGCCCUGGGAUUAGAAAUGGGGGAACUAUCUCGUAGGGGCGUUCGGGUCGCUUUUAAAGGAGAUAAACAGUAUUUGCAGCUCAAUCGUGAAACCUGGGAUCUACUCAUAAAAGAGAAAUUGGACCGGGAGGAAUUGUGUGGGCCUGCCGAUUCCUGCUUAUUACCUUUUCAGAUAUUACUAGAAAACCCGUUUCAAAUUUUUCUGGCUGAGCUGCUAGUACGAGACAUAAAUGACCAUUCGCCCGUGUUCCUGGACAAUGAGAUGCUACUGAAAAUCCUCGAGGGCAGUCCUCCUGGAAAGAUAAUCCGUUUAGAUGGUGCACAGGAUUUGGACGUUGGGAUCAACAGUCUCCAAAACUACACCAUCAGCCCUAAUUCCCAUUUCCAAGUUCAAAUACGUGCACGCAAUGACGGCAGGAAGUACCCAGAGCUGGUGUUGAGCAAAGCUCUCGAUCGAGAGGAACUGCCUGAGAUCCGAUUAAUUCUCACUGCCUUGGAUGGUGGGUCCCCGCCCAGGUCUGGGACUACCCAAAUUCGAGUUCUUGUAGUGGAUGUCAACGAUAACACCCCUGAGUUUGAGAGACAGAAUUAUGACGUGAAGAUUCCCGAAAACAGCCCCCCAGGCUCCCUGGUUGUGGAGGUGCAUGCUACAGAUUUAGAUACAGGAAAUAACGGAGAAAUAUUUUACAUAUUUUCCGAUGCUUCUGAAGACAUUCGCAAAACUUUUAAGAUAGAUCGAUCUUCAGGUGAAAUUUCACUAAUAAAAACAGUGGAUUUUGAAACAACUCAAUAUUAUGAAAUUGAUAUUGAAGCCAUAGAUGGUGGGGGCCUUUCUGGAAAAUGCACAGUCCUAAUCCAUGUGAUAGACUUGAAUGACAAUCUCCCCAAACUGACUAUGUCCUCACUUACCAACCCAAUCCCAGAGAAUUCACCAGAGACUGUGGUAGCUGUUUUCAGGGUUUCAGAUCUAGACUCUGGGGAAAAUGGAAGGGUGGUUUGCUCCAUCCAGGAUGAUCUUCCAUUUGCCCUGAAACCUUCUCUGGAGAACUUCUAUACAUUGGUAACAGAAGAAGCACUGGACAGAGAGAUCAGGGCAGAAUAUAACAUCACUAUUACAGUCACGGAUUUGGGAUCCCCAAGUCUCAAAUCUGAGCACAAUAUCAUGGUAUUUCUUUCUGACAUCAAUGAUAACUCCCCAGUGUUUACUCAGAGAGAAUACAAACUGUAUGUCCAUGAGAACAACAGUCCUGCCCUCCACAUUGGCAGUGUCAGUGCCAUUGACAGGGACUCAGGAAUCAAUGCCAAAGUCACUUACUCUCUGCUGCCUCCAGAGACUGGAGACCUGCCCCUCUUCUCCUACAUCUCCAUCAACUCAGACAAUGGACAUCUCUAUGCUCUCAGAUCCCUGGAUUAUGAAGCCAUCCAAACUUUUCAGUUCACUGUGAGGGCAGUUGAUGGUGGUUCCGCAUCUCUGAGCAGUGAGGCUCUAAUUCAGGUUGUAGUCCUAGAUGAGAAUGACAACUCUCCCUUUGUGCUGUACCCCUUGCAGAAUGGAACAGCUCCCUGCAAUGACCUGGUACCCAGAGAUGCAGAGCCAGGCUACUUGGUGACCAAGGUGGUGGCUGUGGAUAGGGACUGGGGACAGAAUUCUUGGCUUUCCUACCAGCUUCUCAAGGCCACAGACCCAGGACUCUUCACUUUGUUGGCCCACAGUGGGGAAGUUCAUACAGCAAGGCCCAUCAGUGACAGAGAUGCCAUCAAGCAGAGGCUCCUGGUGCUAGUGAAGGACAAUGGGCAGCCACCUCUGUCCACAAUGGCCACAUUGAAUGUGCUCCUGGUGGAUGGCUUCUCUGAGCCCUACAUUCAGCUUCCAGAUGCAACCAAGGAGGAGGAGCAGAAUGACUCCCUUACCACCUACCUAGUCAUUUCUCUGGCCUCUGUCUCCUUUCUCUUCCUGUUCUCUGUUAUUAUAUUCAUUGCUAUUCCCCUGUGGAAGAGGAAUAGGGGUGCUAGUGAUGGCAGUAGAUUUGAUUCAAAUGGUCCUUUCCCAGGCUACUUGGUGGAUGUCAAUGGGACAGGGACCUUGUCCCAGAACUACCAAUAUGAGGUGUGUCUGACCAGUGGUUCAGGGACCAGUGAAUUCAAAUUCCUGAAGCCCAUUAUCCCCAGGAUCCCUCCUCAGGAUAAUAGGAGGGAUUUGGAAGAAAACCCAUCCUUCAGGAAUAGCUGUGACUUCAAUUAGGGAUAGAAAUAUUUUGCAAUGCAUUGCCAUUAUGUUUUGUCAUUAUUUAUACCUUUUUAUUUUCUAUCUUACUCUGACAGAAGAAUUUACUUUAAAGCCAUAUGUUAUAAUUUUUCAUGUUCAACUUUCCCCUGCUACUCUCUCAUUUUUAUUUUUGGUUUUCUUUCUGUAUGUGACUUUUGUCCAGGUUAUGCUAGUCCCAAAUCAAUUUCUAGAAAUGAAUGAGCUACUUUAUUUUUGCAUUCUCAUUUCAAACUUGGAUGUUGACAUUUUUGAUGCAAUUAAAUUCACAAACUUUGUUUAGGACACUAAAACUUUUUCUCUGCCAUAAACUACAUUAGCUCUCUUAAUAUGUAUUACUUGUUAGGAAAUGUUUUCUAAGACUGCAUUGUCUUAGACUUUCUUCAUCUCAAGAAAUGUAAAUACACUUAUCUUUAAUCUAACUAGUGAUUUAUUGAUAGCAUACAAUUUUUCAGUGGAACACUCAAGAGGAUACAAGGAAAUGUGCUUCUGCCUCACUGCCGCUGUUAGAUCUCAGCCACUGAGUCUGAGAAGUGAAACCAUCUCUACAUAACCACAGACCAUGCAAGCACCUCUUUUCAGACUAUACAAUGAUUCUGAAAUAGGAGGAGGCAAUUUAGCACCCCAUAGAUGUUUAUGAAGUGAACAGAGUGAACUGAAGUCUUUUUCAAAUUGCCAGUCUUCAGAUAUGUUUGAAUACAGGACUCAGCAAUGAAUCAAUUAGCAAGCACUUAUUGCCUAUGCUAUAUCACUAUCAGGUCAGAGGAGUAGGUCAGAGUAGUAUGAAUACAAAGACUAGCAAAAAAACAAAAACAAACCUCUUUUGUGUCAGGGCCUUUAUUAAAAAGAAAAAAACUCACACCAAAUGACUGAUGAACCUAUCCACAUGUUCCUACUCCACCCUUUGGGUGAAGGAGCCCAGUGCAUCUUGCCUGACUUUAUCCUUGCCAUCUCAGUGAGAACAACUCUGAUUCUUCUGAAGCAUAUGUGCAGGUAUCAGGGAUGGAUUUGUGGAGAUAUACCACACACACACACCCUUUUUUAAAAAUCGUUGUACAAUUUUCUUUAUGAUUGUGUUAAUUAUAAUUUACUAUAACUUCUUUUUUGUUAUAGUCUUGGGAAAUUGUAUUUACUAUUGUUGAAAGUAACUCCACACA